AGCACAUCUACAAGCAUUUCGAGUUCGUAUCUCAAAAGAUGUGCGCCGAGUGGCAAAGACCGAAAGAAAUCCCGUUCCCCAAUGUGUGGAGGAGGUUUGAGGGUAAGAAAUUGAUCAACGGCGCUCCCAGAAAAUAUUGGGUACAAGAUAUCAGUGAUGAUCAGAUGGAUGAUGUUAUUGAAAUUAUGUGUAACAAAUUCACUAAGGAUGAAGCGCUGUGUAAAUAUUUAAAGUUGACUGAAGAUCCAGCUGCCGUGGAAGAAUUCGCCAAAGUGUGGAGAAAGUAUGCGAAACAAAGAUUAGGACUGAUUUGCCUCACUAAAAAUGAAAAUGGGGAAACGGAAAUUGUUGGGGUAAACAUGACGGCUCGAAAUUACAAAGGAGAACAACCGGAUUACUCACAAAUAAAAACAGAGAAAAUCAAAUUCGUGAUGGCGUGGUUGGAUUACAUUUACCAAAGGGUAGACAUUUAUGAAAAAUUCAACAUAGAUGAUCAUCUAACAGCCCUUGGUUUAUAUGUCGAUCCUAAAUUCAGGGGUGACGGAGUAGGAGUCGAAAUUUUAAAAACUAGGAGGGAAUUGUGCAAAGCAGUGGGAAUUAAAGCAACAUUUACAUUAUUUACAUCAAAUAGAUCUCAAGCAGUGGCAAGAAAGGCCGGAUUUCAGGACGUUGUUAAUGUUACAUUUGAGGAGUUGGAGAAACAUGAUCCCAAGUUGGUUUUGCCUGGGAUUACUGAAGUCAGUGACUCGCAGAGAUACAUGUAUAUAUUAUAUGAUUGAUUUUCAUUAUUUGGCUCAACGUUUCUGUAUUUUAAUAAAUUGCAUGUGUUAAUUUUAUCUUUUAUAGAAUUGUUAUGUGAUUUCUUAAUUUAAAAAUAGACUUGUAAUAGAUUUUAUCAUUUAAUCAUACAUAGAGGACACAUAAUAUACAUUACAUAUAAAAUAUA